GGAGAAGCAAGUUGCAGGGCAUCCAAUCGCCGACGCCGGCCAAUUCCAGCGCAAUUCAAAUGCUCCAAACUUGCCGCAGGCUUUUCUUUCCCAAUCAAAAUGAUUUCCCUCCUCGACGGGCUAUCGAGCUAUUCCACCUCUCACUACGUCGUCGAGGAUAGGCAUGGCUGAAAAACCAGAGUUCCCCGUCGUACAGGGCGGCGGCAGUUUGAUCAUCGCCUGGCAGAUCCGGGACAAGAAGGUCCUGGUUGUCGGUGGCGGCGAGGUAGCAGCCGGCCGAAUCCUGCACUGUCUCAACGCCGACGCCCGCGUAACCGUCGUGUCCCCGCUCGCACGCCUCAACCCCGAAGUAGCCUACCGCGUCGCCCAGGGACAAGUCACACACAUCGACCGGAACUUUCAACCCUCCGACCUCGACGAUUCCUCCAUUGCCAUGGUGCUCGUAGCGGUCGACGACCCAGCAGCCUCCACAACCAUCUGGAAGCUGUGCAAGGAGCGACGGAUCCCAGCCAACAUAGCCGACGUCCCCUCCGAGUGCGAUUUCUACUUUGGCAGCGUCCACCGCGACGGGCCGCUGCAGAUCAUGGUCAGCACUAACGGCAAGGGCCCCAGGCUCGCGGCCAUGAUCCGCCGGUUUAUUGCGAAACAGCUGCCGUCCGACGCCGGGCGGGCGAUUGAGACCAUUGGCCAGCUGCGGGUGAAGCUGAGGCAGAUAGCGCCGCGGCAGGAAGACGGGCCAAAGCGUAUGGCGUGGAUGACCAAAGUCAGCGAGGCGUACAGCUGGGACGAGAUGUGCGAUCUGUCUGAGGAGGACAUGGAUAACCUCCUGCGGUACUACCCCUCGGGCAAGGUUCCCAGCUUGGAUGGGUUGAAAGGCAUGCGCGCCAAUCCCGAGGUCGGCCAGCUGGACGUCUUUGACGGGUCGUUUGGGUUCAGCGUCGGUGCGUGAUAUUUCGGGGCUUCAGAUUGCAUUGGGAACCUAGGAUGAUACCGCAGUUGCAAUUGGAUAUCGGAUCCGGUCAUAAGAGUUUUCAACGAGGCUUGCAUACAAGCCAAUUCCAUGUCAAAGGUGCUCAAUAGCUUGGUAAACCCUAAUCCAUUGCCCACCCAUUCACAGGACCUUAUCCUUCGCUGUCGG